AUGACAGAAUCACAGACAGUUGAAAUGACAAGGACAGUGAUAGCAUUAACUACGACUUCAUAUGAGACGAACGUCCAUUUACUUGUAAUUAAUCAGAUCACACAACUUAUUCCCUCCAAACUGAUUAACAUUAAAUUCCUAAACCUACCUCAAGAUAUUGAAUUGGCAGAGCCAACCUUCCACAAACCGCAAGAUGUAGAAAUACUGCUAGGGGCAACAGUAUUCUGGGAAGUUCUCGGAACAGAUCGAAUCCAGUUGGGGACUAAACAACCCAUCCUCCAAGCAACGAAACUCGGCUGGCUGAUAUGGGGACAAUUGAGAUCGUAUGUCGAAUCACGGACACGCAAUUGUCAUUCUGUAUGCGGAUUAGUUCGGAACGAAGAGCUGCAAUCGCAGCUUGAGAGAUUUUGGCAAGUCGAGAAAGUAUCAAACACUAAAUUACCAUCUAAAGAAGAAGCAGAAUGUAAGAAAAUCUUUAGGAACGAAUACAAAAGAUACGACAAUGGAACAUUUGAAGUGGCAUUACCGUUCCGCGAAGAUCCAAGUGUCCUCGGCGACUCCAAGUGGUGGAUCACGAAAAGCAAGAUUAAUUACCUUCCACACUACGCAGUUAUAAAGGAAUCAUCGACGUCCACCAGGCUUCGAGUGGUAUUCGACGCAUGUAGUCCAACUACGUCCGGAAAGUCGCUCAACGACUACUUGUCGGUAGGCCCAACGAUUCAAUCAGAACUAUUCGAGAUCUUAAUACGAUUCCGGCAACAUUCGUACGUGUUGACUAGUGAUAUAGUUAAAAUGUACCGACAAAUAAUGAUCAAACCAGAUCAUCGGCUAUAUCAAUGUAUACUAUGGAGAUCGACAUCCGAUCAGCCAGUAACUACAUUUUGUUUGAAUACGGUUACAUAUAGGAUUGCGUCAGCACCGUUUUUAGCAAUACGAUCGUUGCAACAAUUGGCGUACGAUUAUGAAGCAACAUAUCCUCGUGCAGCCCAGGUUAUAACUCAAGAUUUUUAUGUCGACGAUAUGAUCACAGGAGAGUCAUCAGCACAAGAACUUCGUCGAACAAAGAGGCAAGUAACCGACAUUCUAAAAACAGCGGGAUUUCAAUUAUCGAAGUUUCGUUCCAAUAUUGCGCUUGAUGAUGAAGAAUGCCUGGACGAUUAUGGACUCGCAGACACUAAAAUCUUAGGUCUUUUAUGGAAAUCCAAUCGCGACAUGUUUAGGUAUGAAGCAAGGUUGGAUCUCACAUCUGAGAAGGACAAGGCUGGAGCGAUCAAAGUCCAAAUAUUAACAGCAAAGUCCAGAGUGACACCGUUGAAGACCAUCAGUCUACCGAGGCUUGAACUGUGCGGGGCUGUAUUGUUGGCCAAAUUGUCUUCAAAGGUCUCUCAAGCACUUACCUGUACAAUUUCGAAACAAUAUUUUUGGACCGACUCUGAAAUUGUUGUGGCGUGGAUUCGAGGAGAACCAGGAAAUUGGCAGACGUUUGUGGGCAACCGUGUUGCAGAACUGCAACGACUGACCAAUAACCACGACUGGUCACACGUGCGAUCAGAAUAUAAUCCGGCAGAUAUACUUUCGCGGAGAAUGUCACCAGAUCAACUGCUUGAUGCGACACUAUGGUGGGAAGGCCCACAGUGGCUAAAAGAAGAGCAAGUGUACUGGCCUAAAUCUACAGGUCAAGUACCGAUUGAGAUCCCGGAGGCACGGACUCAAUCGGUCAUGCUUGCGCAAGUUCAAGAAUCAUUUGACGUCAUACACCAUUAUUCAUCAUUGAUCAGAUUGAAAAGGAUAAUUGCAAACUGCUUCAGAUUCAAAACGAAUUGCAUACGAUCUAAGUCAAAAUCUCUAAUGAUUCACGGACCGAUUACAAAUAAAGAGCUUCAGCAAGCGAUGACGGUAUUGGUAAAGCUUCAUCAACAGGAGAUAUUCAGGUCAGAACUGCACAGUCUUCAGCAGGACAAAGUGGUAGAUUCACACAGUAAAAUUCUACCGCUCAAUCCGAUAAUUGGUCGGGAUGAUCUAUUGCGUGUUGGUGGCCGGUUGAGAAAUGCUCCUUUACCUUAUUCACAAAAACAUCCAAUCAUUUUAUCUUCCAAUCACAUAUUGACAGAACUAAUAAUACGCGAUCAACACUUGAGUAAUUUCCACAUGGGUCCUCAGUUAUUAUUGACGACAUUUCGCGAGACUUAUUGGAUAGUCCACGCCAAGGGAGCAAUUAAACGUGUACUCAUUUGGUCCGACAACGGAAAGAAUUUUCUUGGGGCUAAUAAUGCUUUGCGACAGAUGGGUGAAUUUCUAUCAAAUUCCGAGCAACAAGCAAAAGUCAUCGAAUUUGCUUCCAAUCGAGGAAUUUCUUGGAGGUUCAUUCCACCCCAUUCCCCUCAUAUGGGAGGAUUGUGGGAAGCCAAUAUCAAGGCUGUGAAGACGCAUCUUAAAACCGUUAUUAAUGAAACAUUGUAA